AUGAUGAUGGAUCAACAAUCUCUGCUUCGAAAUCAGCAAGCUUCAAUAUUGAAUAUUGAAAAACAGCUCGGGCAACAUGCCAAACAAUUCAACGGAAGAACACCGGGCGGACUCCUGAGCGAUACGGAAAAAAAUCCAAAGGGCGCGCACAUUAACAUAGUGACAACAAGGAGUGGGAAGAUAGUCACACCCCUCACUCCCAUCCCAAGUACAGAUCAAAAGGAGGCACAAGAAAAAGAUAAAGAAAAUCUUAAUUCGCAAACAGUAGAAAAAACUCGUCGAGUUCCAGACAAAAACUCGACGAGUUCCGCACCUGAUGAGAAAAAUAAGUCAAAAGCUGAGCCAUAUAAGCCUCCAUUACCAUUCCCGGUCCGAGCUCGACAAGAAAAGCAGAAUGAAGACUACCAGAAUUUCCUGGAGCACAUAAAGGCCUUGCAAAUCAACAUUCCGUUCAUCGAAGUAGCCGUGCAAAUGCCAAAAUAUGCCAAGUUCCUAAAAGAACUUCUCACAAAUAGAAAGAAGAUGGAGGAAGCAUCCAAGGUGGUCUUAAAUGAGAACUGUUCAGCCGCAAUGUUAAACAAACUGCCAAAGAAAAAAGGUGAUCCGGGUAGCCUAACCAUUCCUUGCCAAUUCGGGAAUUUAGCCACUAGCUAUGCAUUGGCCGAUUCGGGGGCAAGUGUGAACCUCAUGCCAUACUCUUUCCUUAAGAAGCUAAACCUUCCGAAACCGAGACCAAUCCAAAUGGCGAUCCAGUUAGAAAACAAGACGGUGACAUUCCCGAGAGGUAUAUGUGAAGAUUUAUUGGUAAAAGUUGAUAAGUUUGUCUUCCCGGCAGAUUUCAUUGUGCUAGAUAUGAAGAGGAUCAUCAAGUGCCAAUAA